CUUGCCGUCGCGUGCCAGUCUCCCCUUCUGGUAUAAAUUGCGGCUGCGCAAGCUCUGUCGGUCUUCUCCUCCCACGUCUACCGUUGCAUCUCCUUCCUACUAGGUUACCCAACGUGAGCUCUAUUGUCAAGAAUCAUGUCUGAGAUGGAGCGCACAUUCAUUGCCAUCAAGCCUGAUGGUGUGCAGAGGGGCAUCAUUGGAGAGGUCAUCAAGAGGUUCGAGACGAAGGGCUUCAAACUUGUGGGCAUGAAGAUGCAGCAAGCCUCUCAGGAACUCCUGAACAAUCACUACAGCGACCUGAAGGGAAAGCCAUUCUUUCCUACCCUCAUUGAGUACAUGAGCUCCGGCCCAGUGGUUGCCAUGGUGUGGGAGGGCAAGGGUGCAGUGAAGACCGGCAGGGUGAUGCUGGGUGAGACCAACCCCGCUGACUCCAAGCCCGGAACCAUCAGAGGAGACUUCUGCAUUGAUAUCGGAAAGAACAUCAUCCACGGCAGCGACUCAGUGGAGAGUGCCAAAAAGGAGAUCUCCCUGUGGUUCAAAGACGACGAGCUGGUCAGCUACACUAGCUGUGCCUUCAGCUGGCUGUACUGAGCACCCGGUCCUGCAGCGGUCCUCUCACUGGUUGGAGACCAGUGAACUUUUGCCUCGAAUUUCAUCUUCAUGACUAGCCUAGAGGGGCAAACUCACAUCACCCUCUGACCAUGGACAUCAUGCUGAUGUCGUCAUUCCUCAGCUCUAUUCCUUUUUUAGAAACAUUCCAUUCAAUCCUUGAAAUGUACAGUUGGUGACAGUCGUUUUGUUAAAAGGUGAUCUGCUUUCCAAUAAAAUGAACACGUAC